UCUCCGAGCUUAAUUCUGAAUCAAAGGUGUUUACGGGGUGACGAAUAUGCCUGAGCAAGGGAUGCGCGGGACGAUUGUGGAAACGACGAGCGCGAGCGAGCCGGUCGAGGUUGAGAGCGUCGUGCCGAAAAUCAGGCAGCAGUUGUUAAAAUGGAACGGUUGGGGCUACAAGGAUUCCGGAUUUCGCGUGAAUGACAAAAACGUGAUAGAAUUUACAGGUGACAGAUAUCCCAUCGGAAAUCAAGAGCUUCCAUAUUUUACAAAAUGGUGUGAAGAAACUUUUGAUAUAACAUGGGACAUGAAGACGACGCCUCAAAAUUUGCCAAAGCAUUAUCCAGAACCAGUUUUUUCUACAGAAUUGUUGAAAGCGAUUAAGGAAUUGACAAUCGACUAUUCAACCGAUGGUGUCGAUCGUCUAUUUCGAGCACACGGUCACACGUUGCGAGAAAUUUAUCUUUUGAAGCGUGGCUCUUUCGAAAGGAUACCGGAUAUUGUUCUAUGGCCCAAAUGUCACGAGGAUGUCAUCAAGAUUGUCAAUAUGUGCGCACACUAUGGGGCCGUUUGCAUACCUUUCGGUGGGGGAACCAGUGUCAGCCGUGCGGCGUAUUGUCCUUCGGAUGAACACCGAACAAUUAUUUCAUUAGACACAUCGCAAAUGAAUCGAAUAUUGUGGAUGGAUAGGGAUAAUUUGUUGAUAUGCUGCGAGUCAGGUAUCAUUGGUCAAGAUCUGGAGCGGUUGCUCCGUUCUGAGGGAUUCACAUGUGGUCACGAGCCUGAUUCUUACGAGUUUUCCAGUUUAGGUGGAUGGGUGGCGACAAGGGCAAGCGGCAUGAAAAAGAACACGUACGGUAACAUUGAAGAUUUGGUCGUACGGAUACGAAUGGUCACCGGAAGAACAGAGGAUCCUGUAAUUACUUUGGAAAGAGGUAGUUUAGUACCUCGCGUGUCUUGCGGUCCAGAUUUCGAUCACAUGAUACUCGGUAGCGAAGGGACGCUGGGUGUUAUCACGGAGAUCGUAUUAAAAAUAAGACCGUUACCGCGAGUGGUAAAAUACGGCAGUAUUGUGUUCCCGAAUUUUCUGAGCGGCCUUGUUGCACUGCGAGAGAUCGCGAAAGAACGAUGUCAACCCGCCAGUAUACGGUUAAUGGACAACGAACAGUUCCAAAUGGGGCAAACCCUACGCCCACAAUCUGGUUGGGGCGGCUUAAUCCUGCAAGGAUUAAAACAUAUGUACGUCACUAGAAUAAAGGGUUUCCGAUGGGAUCAAAUAUGUGUGGCCACGCUAUUGAUGGAGGGCGACGUAGCAGCGGAUGUGGCGGCUCAAGAACGGAAAAUUUACAAGAUAGCUGAUAAGUACGGUGGCAUACCGGCAGGCGAGGCAAACGGCGAACGAGGUUACAUGUUGACAUUUGUGAUAGCAUACAUACGUGACCUUGGACUCGAAUUUAACGUGUUAGCGGAAUCGUUUGAGACUUCUGUUUCUUGGAAUCGUGCACCAUCACUGUGCAAAAAUGUAAAGUCUCGCGUGGCCAGGGAGUGUAAGGGGCGUGACAUUCGUAAAUAUUUCAUUUCCUGCCGCGUCACGCAGACCUAUGACGCGGGCUGUUGUGUGUAUUUUUACUUAGCGAUUAGCUACUUGAACUUGGAGAAUCCUGUAGAAACUUAUGAGGCCAUUGAGCAUGCGGCGCGAGAAGAGAUACUCGCCAAUGGCGGAUCGCUCUCUCAUCAUCAUGGAGUAGGUAAAAUACGAGCAUCGUUUUAUCCUGAAGCCGUUGGGGAAGUGGGUCUUUCCCUUUACCGAGCGACUAAGGCGCACUUGGAUCCGCAUAAUAUAUUUGCAGCGGGUAAUAUGAUUUUAACGAAUAAAUCAAAAUUAUAAAUUAAAAUCAUUAUUAAAGCAAAGUAUGUGCAAUAGUGGAAUCUAUAGAGUUAUUCUGUAUUCCAUUAGUGCUGAUAUUUUGAAUCACUAAAAAGUUUGAUUACAGCAAAUUGAUGUGAUUUCAUAUACCUUCGACAGAAAGUUAUAAUAUCUCAUCAAUUUGCCAUUAAGAUUGUUCCGCGUGUGAUGUUUUCUAAUAAAGAUUUCGAUUUUUCCAUUAACGGCGAAUGCACGUAAAUAAGAAAUAUGAACUGGCAUUGUUGUUUACUCGUCAAGAUGAUAUAUAGAAAAAAGAGACUAGUAUUAAUAUACAUUAUAAAUAAUUAUGCACCGUGGCGUUAUUUGGUACAAAUGCGGAAUUGUAAUUGUAUCGGCAUUUUUAUAAAUUAUUAUAACUAAA